CUUGGGUACUACAUACACCACAGGUUGAUAGGGGGCUUCGUGUCUCGGGUGGAUACUCGCUCACGAGUAUUCAGAGGACUCACUUAGGCAACCCCUUCAACAAAAAACCAAACGCGUCUAACGCGCCUCAGGGAGCUCCUUCCGUUGCUGCGGAAGAUUAGGCACGGAAGGAAGAAGGGCGGAGAAAUCGACUCACAUCCAUUUGAUUCCAAGCCCUUUCCACUUCACUUUUCCUUCACUUUUCCUUCCAUCUCACUCACAUCCGCUUCCUUCCACUCUCCUCACGCGCGUUCGCUUUUGCUCUAUUCUCAACUCACUCAUCAUUCCUUACUCGUCCUCAGCUUUCUUAUCACCCGAACAAGUUCGUCACCGUCACGAAAUGCCUCACAAUGGCGCCGAUGCGAAAAAUUGACGUAGUCGAGAUUCUCAAAUCUAGAAUCAUCAAGUUCAUCGUAGGAGAGGACAAGGUCGAAUACAAUGUCCAUGAAGCAGCAAUCAGUGGCCUCUCCGGCCCACUCCGAGCACUCGUGACCAACGGCAUGAAGGAGUCUAUGGAGGGUGUUCUUGUCUGGGAUGAGGUCGAUCCUGAGGUCUUUGCUCAAAUGGUUGAGUACGCAUACGGCCGUGAGCUACUUCUUCGCGACCACAACGAACGACGGGGCACAAUCGAUGACGACGACCUAUGGGGCACGAUCUACGACUACUGCGACGGCCACCAGUACGACUACUACGAGGUUAGUCUUUCACUAGAGUAUCGUAUUGUCAAAAACGAUAUCCUGGAGUGGAAAGAUGGCGUAUCUGCGCCAGCACUCAGUCACUGCCCAGAUCGUUUCAAAGAUCUGCCAAAGUGGGUUGAUCCGGAUGACGUUGGCAAUUACCUCUUGCACUUUCACUCAGAGGAUUAUUUCAUGGCCCACGCGCGCCUUUACUGCUUGGCUGAUCAGUAUGCCAUUGUCGAGAUGGCAAUGCUUUGCGUUGAGAAAUUGCAGCGAAUUCUCUACGAGCAUCCUACAACCGAAAGCUUCCACGAAUCCAUCUGCAAGCUCUUGCUUUUCGUCUGGCCUAGAACUUUGCCCAAAGACGAGCUUCGAUCACUUCUCAUCGACUUCGUUCUAACGAACUUAACAAAUGCGCUCGUCCUCAAUAUUGACAAGUUUGGGCCCGUCUUAGACGAAAUCCCUGAGAUCGCUGUUACUAUUCUACGCAAUGCGCCUGCCCACUACUGGCGAGCACUGGACUCCACAGAGGACUCCACAGACUGA